AAGGGAUCCUGUGAGGUUCACAAGGAGGGAACAAGGGGAACGUGUCUGUGGGUUUCGGAGGAGGAGGAGGAGGUGAAGCAGAAGAAGCCAAGGGGGGCUCCGACAGAAGCCAUAGCCAGGGAAUUGUGGGAGCUCGCGGGCCCAGCUCCGUCGUAGCCCACCACCACCACAAUCACAAUGCUUCCUUCCUUCCUUCCAUCAUCAGCAUCAUCGCACUCUCCUCUUCUUCACUUCCUUCUCGAAUUUUUCAAUUUCAUCACCUGCAAGAAUAAGAAGAGCUAGAGAAAGAGAGGAAAGAGAGCGAGCGAGAGUGAUGGAGGGAGCUUUUGUGGGUUUUGCUUCUUCUGGUGGUGGUGGUGUUGUUGCAGCAUUGACGAUUGUGUGUGAAGCUCAGUGAGUGUUUUCGUUUUUUACAGUGGUGGAUUAGUUAGUGAUUUUUUUGCGGAGGAGGAGGAGGAAGGGUAAGAGGAGAUUGUGAGUGGUAGUGGGAGUGGGAGUUAGAGAGUUGGUGCUGGUUGGUUGGUGUAAUAGUGCGAGUGCUGGGUUGUGAGGAGGAGGAGAAGGAGAAGGAGUGGGAAUUGGAGAGUAAGUGUGGUGGUGUUGAUUUUGACGUGACAGGCAUGGUUAUGGUCAUGGGCGUGGUUCGGUUGAGUGGUUUGGGAACGAGGGAUAAGUAAUUCGGAGGGGUUCCGUGGGAUGGGUGUGUGUGUGUGGCGGGUGAGUGGACAUAGCGGCUUGUGGGGGGUGGUAGAUGAUUUUGCUACUCACCACCUCGUACAGAUUCUGACGUAGUUUUAAUUUUCGGGGGUGUCGCGGCAAUUUGACCACUUCCUUGGGGGAAAAUUUUGUAGAGUUUGUGGAAUUGCGUGGUUGGGGACUGAGUUGUCACGCAGGGUGUACUGGGGCGUCCUUUCGAGGAGUGCCUUAUCUUAUUUUAUUUUAUUUAUGCUUCUAGUAGCACUGUACUUGUGAGCUAUACCGAGCGUGUACCUAUCUACAGGAGAGUUGCGGAUUACGAGUGGAGAGAGAGAAUUACAGUGAGAGAGAGAGAGGGGGGAGGGAUUCAAGGGGAGUGAGAAAGGGGAAGUGGGAUUGUUAGUUUUUCCAUUGGGGAUGGGUGUGUAGCUCAGAUCCUCAUGAAGAUUUGGUUGCUGCAUCAUUAAAUCUCUUGGUUUUAUUUUAUUUUAUUUUAUUCUGGUUUUAUGUUUUUUCUUCAAAAUUGGGUUGUCAGCCGGGAAGCGCUCGGGUUCGUGUUCAUGGACGGCUUGUAGUGGUUGCAAAGAUGUAUAGGUCUUCGUCCCUUCGAUACGAGUCCUCUCACCGCGAUUUCAGCUUGAGGGGAGAAAGCGAUGAAGACUACUUGGACAUUUCUUUGGAAGACGACCGCGGAUGGUGUAAGCCGUCACCAGGGUUCGAAGUCAGUGGCUCAAAAAGGGGAUUUUGUCAUCCAUUUCACGAAGAUCGGAAAAAGGUGUUGCAAGAAAGGCGGGACUCUACUCCGAAUAGUGUUACCUUUGAAUGGUUAAGACAGGCGGAGAGUGCAAGUCUGUAUGCAGGAUUGAAAGACCACACAAUAUCAGUUUCGCAUUCCGUGAGAUCAUGGGGUCGAGAGGUCGUUAGAGAGAAACCAUUUAAUGUUAUUCACGAGUUUGACUCAUGGCGCAAGAGUCCAGAUCUCGCGGAGGCAGUCGCAGCUAUUAAAGCAUUGACUGCUGUUAUCAAGCGGAGCGAGGCGACGACUAUGAUGGGCCUGGAAGUUGAACUGAAGAAUGCAUCAGACACUCUUAAGGAAUCAGAUGAGAGCUCUAUAUCAUUGUCUGCAGGCUGUGAUCUAUUUAUGCGUUAUGUUACUCGCACUUCAGCAAUUGAAUACGAAGACAUUGAAGCUGGCAAGGCCCGCUUAAUUGAACGAGGGGAGAAAUUUGGUGAAAUCUCCCAGAAGGCGCGACGAACAAUUGCGAAAUUAGGAAAGGAUUUCAUAGCAGACGGAAUCACUAUAUUGACCCAUGGCUACUCAAGAGUUGUUUUAGCUUUGCUCAAGCUUGCAGCUUCUGAGGGUAAAGAUUUUAAUGUUAUCUGCACAGAAGGCAGACCCGACAACACUGGAGCGGAGAUGGCAAAGGAGCUUGUUCCGGCGGGGAUACCUGUUACAUUAGUCCUGGAUUCAGGUGUAGCAUACGUGAUGGAGACGGUUGACAUGGUUUUGAUGGGGGCGGAGGGAGUCGUUGAAAGUGGUGGAAUCAUCAGUAUGCUUGGCACUUACCAGACCGCACUGGUUGCUUAUAGUUUGAAGAAACCUGUAUAUGUUGCAGCCGAGAGCUAUAAGUUCGCUCGACUUUUUCCUCUCGAUCAGAGGGACAUGUCUCCGGCCCCUCGCCACGUCGACUUCCUAGUCCCACUACCUCAAGUGGUGAAUGUGGAAAAUUCCGCAAGGGAUUACACCCCACCUCAAUAUCUCACCCUUAUAUUUUCAGAUCUAGGAGUUUUGACUCCGUCAGCUGUGAGUGAUGAGCUUAUACAGCUGUAUCUCUGAAGUCCUGCAUUUAUCUCUUUGUAAGCCCAGAGCUUGUUCAAACUCCCUUUGGUUAUUAUGGAUGAGGGGCGAAACCUUACACGCCUUGGUUCUCAGGCUUGUAUGGAUUGUAUCAAUGCCCAGCUGUACAUGAAACGAAAAAAGAGGGUUGGAAAGUGGUAACAAGGCUAACCAAAUUUUCCAGUUUAUUCUGAAGAUUACUUGAAGGUUCAAGACCAGCUGAAAUAUCGUACGUUGUUUUCAACGUUCGAAUGAAAGAAGCGAGUAAUUUUGAAGCACAAGGUACAAGGUUCUUAGAGUAUGUAACAAGUAAAGGAGGUAUGGAAAACUUAGAGCAGUGUAUAUCUCAGUAAAAUGGUAGAGGCGUUUCGCCUGUUCUAUGGAGGUAUGUGACCCUACAUGAGAUCUUGGAAAUGAUGUCUGUUGAUGAAGUGGGAACAGACAGGCUUUAUCUGUUCAAUUCGUUUCUUACAAUGAAAUAGGAUUCACUUGAUUACAUUAGGCAUUGGGAUGGAUUGCUGGUGUCCUUCAAACACCACAAUUCCACAGUGUCCAUUUAUUCUUAUAGCUUGCUAAUAUUGGUUAUUCUCCUUUGUAUAAACAGUAACUCAAAAUUCAUUCUGCUUA